GCGCCUCUGCUGAGGGGCCCGGCGGGAGCCAACCGCCGCCGCCGCCGCGGGAGCUGGGCUCCAGUGGCCCGAGGCUGGCCCUCGUCUUCGCCGCCGCUCCCGCACCCUGCGCUCCCUGGAGCCGCCGGCUCCAGAGCGCUCAGACCCUGGAUGUUAAGGCCCGCGCGGGCGCCAGCCGCAGCCAGGGAAGUGGCGGCGGUCCGCACGCGUCCCCUCCUCAAGGCGGCGCCCGGGCCACCCGGGCCGAAGCGCAGUGGGAGAGCGAUCCUGAGACGCCGGGACCCACGCCGCCGCUGUGCGGCCCGCCGGGGCCCACCCGAGCCCGCAGGGCUUCCGGCCCGAGGGGAGACGCGUUCGAGUGAUCGCGAGGAGCGAACUUGCCGCCCGCAGCCUCGGGCCUGGGAGAGCCUCUUCGGCGUAUUGGAGCAGUGCCUGCGAUCCCGCAUGAGUCUGUCCCUCCCUCCACAAAAACCUACACACUUUCCCGGAAGCCUUUGGCUGCAGCCGCGGAAGAGCAGGAGGCCACAGGCUCUUCGGGUCUUGGUUACAGGGUCUUUGGUCCUGCCCGGCCUCUUUCUGCAUCUGCUCCACGACCCAGCCAUCUCCCUCCGGCAGCCCAUAACAAUUGGAAGGAAGCGUUGUCGGGCGAAGGGGGAUGCCUGUUGGAGUUUUCCAUUAGUUACUGGGUGUUUUUUCUUUUUUUUUUUUUUUUUUGCGAAGAAUACGCUGCUAUCAGUGACCUCCGGGUCAUCUCUCCCCUCUCUUCCUUACGGUUUGCAUAAACGAGCUGUUUUCGGCUCUGGGAAAGAAAAGCCAUCCAGCGAUUAUGUGGAUCUAAUUAAGUCAGUUGGGAUACUGGCAGAGAGCGGCACUGGCUGGAGGCGGAGUUUGUUCCGAAGCACUAUGGAAGGAUCUCACACGGCCCUUUUCAGCUGCUCGAGCUCGGCCGGCGCCUGGCUGCAAACGGAAGCCUGA